AGGGCGGAAAGCCGGCUGGGGGCCCGGCCCUGCCCGGGCGGGCGGGGAGCUCUCACCUGCGGGGUGGUGGCUGCACUCGGAGCGCGACGGCAGGGACAGCGGACGGCGCGAGGCGCAGGUUGUCCUAAAACCCUAAUGGCGAACUUCAAAGGCCAUGCUCUCCCAGGGAGUUUCUUCUUGAUAGUUGGACUGUGGUGGUCAGUGAAGUACCCAUUAAAGUACUAUCACCAAAAAGGAAAACACAGCCAACUGACUUAUUAUUAUCGACGUCUGGAGAUCACUGAAGCUGCUGUCAGAACUUUGUUUUCAGUCAUUGGGAUCCUGGCAGAGCAGUUUGUUCCGGAUGGGCCCCACCUCCACCUGUACCAUGGGAAUGACUGGAUAAAAUUAAUGAACUGGCAGCACAGUACCAUGUAUAUAUUUUUUGCAGUCUCGGGAAUCAUUGACAUGCUCACCUUUCUCAGCACCCAAGUCCCCUUGGGGGUGGACAAACUGGCUAUGGCUGUGGCAGCUUUCAAUGAAGGUUUUCUCUUCUACUACCAUGUUCACCACCGACCACCACUGGACCAGCACAUCCACUCGCUCCUGCUGUAUGCGGUGUUCGCUGGGGCUGUCAGCAGCCUCAUAGAGAUAUUCCUUCGGGACAAUGUUGUGCUGGAACUUUUCCGAACCAGUCUCGUUAUUCUGCAGGGUACCUGGUUCUGGCAGAUUGGAUUUGUGCUGUUCCCACCUUUUGGGUCAGCUGAAUGGGACCAGAAUGACAAUGGUAACAUCAUGUUCAUCACCAUGUGCUUCUGCUGGCAUUACUUGGCCUCCAUCUGCAUCAUGGCCACCAACUACUUUCUGGUUUACUGCUAUAUGACUCGGCUAAAGAGACAGAGAGGAGAAAUCAUUGGGAUUCAGAAGCUGAAGUCAAAACACACUUACCAGACAGCCCUCCUGAAUGGCUCAGAUGAGGAGUGAGGCGUCAGCAG